AUGAAUAAAACAGAAUCUCAUUAUUUAGAUGAUGCACAGUUAAAUUCACAUCUGAUCCAACCCAUCAGCGGAACAACUAACGUACAGUUAUCUCCAGAAGAUUCUCAACUAGCACACAGUUAUCUCCAGAAGUUUCAUUCCAUUCCAUUUCUUUCAUCAAUUAAGAAUUCCAUACCGCUUGAAUCUGUAAAUCAAUAUCAAUCGAUAGCACCAUUCAAUACCAAUCAACAACAUCUGAAUAGUUUGGCUGUUCAACCUAGACAAUUUACUGCUAUGGGACAACAAACUCAGCAAGUACUUCAUCAACCUUUCAUAGUACAGCAACAAUCAGGAGCGCAAUUAUACCCUCCAUCAGGAGAACCAUAUUCGCAAAUGUCGCAACCUCAACAGCAAUACGCUCAAUCAUUUGGACAACAAAUGGGAUCAGUUCAACAACAAUCUGCGCUUCCACAAUCUCAAUAUCAAUCAUUUGGGCAACAAAUGGGAUCAGUUCAACAACAAUCUGCGCUUCCACAAUCUCCAUAUCAAUCAUUUGGGCAACAAAUGGGAUCAGUUCAACAACAAUCUGCGCUUCCACAAUCGUCGCAAUUCCCAAUAUUUCCAUCAUUCGAAAAUAUCUUUUCUUUGCCAUAA